UUCGUAUUUCACAUUUUUGUUUUAUUUACGUGUGUUCUCUGAAUUUUGUCGCCCCAUUAACUUAUCCUGGGUAGUUCCUUGUUCCGCACAAGUGCAAUAGUGAUUGUUGAAUAGUGCUGUGUGGUAAUGCUAGUCCAGUAUAUGCGUAGAUUGCUUCCCCGGAUUAUCCCUCUCAGAUCAUCCACCGCAUGUUACUCCGCACAACAUCAGAAGCCAGAUGAAUCUGGCACCACCCAUUUCGGUUACGAAACCGUGGCGGAAAGUGAGAAAUGGCAAAAAGUACACAAAGUAUUCGAACAAGUGGCCUCCUCUUACGACCUGAUGAACGAUGCAAUGUCCUUCGGGGUCCAUCGCUUGUGGAAGGACAUAUUCAUGGAACGCUUAGCGCCAAUUGGCGGUGGUAAUCGAUUGUUGGAUAUGGCCGGCGGGACCGGCGAUAUUGCUUUCCGUUAUCUUAAAUACCUGAACAAUCAACCGCCGGAGGAUCAUCAAGUUACCAAUCACGUAACAGUUUCGGAUAUCAAUCAAAACAUGCUGGAUGUUGGUAAAGAGCGAUACAAAAGAUUAGACAUAAAACCUAGAAACUGUACAAUCGAUUGGGUCUGCGCCAAUGCCGAAAAAUUGCCUUUUGCCGAUAACUCAUACACUGCCUAUACAAUCGCGUUCGGAAUUCGUAAUGUUACGCACAUUGAUAAGGUGCUUUCUGAAGCUUAUCGGGUACUUAAACCAGGAGGACGAUUUCUUUGCCUUGAAUUCAGUCAUGUUUCCAACGACUAUUUGAGAUGGAUUUACGACCAGUACUCGUUUCAAGUAAUUCCUCCCAUGGGUCAAAUCCUGGCCAAUCAAUGGCAACCAUACCAGUAUUUGGUGGAAAGCAUACGAAAAUUCCCAAAGCAAGAGGAGUUCAAAGCAAUGAUUCAGGAUGCAGGUUUCAAGUCCGUUCAAUAUGAAGAUCUAACAUUUGGAGUAUGUGCAAUGCAUUCUGGGUUUAAAUUAUAAAUCUAAAAAUCCAAAAGAAAAAAAAAACUGAAAUUUCAUUGCUCA